CCCCGCCCCGCCCUUUGCAGGACGUCACCGAGGACUGCAGGGGCCUGAUCCGCUGCCGCCGCCGCCGCCGCCGCCGUGCAUCCCACUUCGGCGCACCGGGACCCCUGUCACCGCCGCUGCCAGAAAAGCCGCCGCUAGUGUCGCCGUUGCAUUGGCGCAGGGCAAGAUGGCGUCUGCCACAGACUCCCGCUACGGGCAGAAGGAGUCCUCGGACCAGAACUUCGACUACAUGUUCAAGAUCCUCAUCAUCGGCAACAGCAGCGUGGGCAAGACGUCCUUCCUCUUCCGCUACGCCGACGACUCCUUCACGCCCGCCUUCGUCAGCACCGUGGGAAUCGACUUCAAGGUCAAGACCAUCUACCGCAACGACAAGAGGAUCAAGCUGCAGAUCUGGGACACGGCGGGGCAGGAGCGGUACCGGACCAUCACCACAGCCUACUACCGGGGCGCCAUGGGCUUCAUUCUCAUGUAUGACAUCACCAACGAAGAAUCCUUCAACGCCGUGCAGGAUUGGUCCACCCAGAUCAAGACCUACUCGUGGGACAAUGCCCAGGUGCUGCUAGUGGGGAACAAGUGUGACAUGGAAGACGAGAGGGUGGUGUCUUCGGAACGUGGCCGGCAGCUGGCUGACCACCUUGGGUUCGAGUUCUUUGAGGCAAGUGCCAAGGACAACAUUAACGUCAAACAGACCUUUGAGCGCCUGGUGGACGUCAUCUGCGAGAAGAUGUCCGAGUCCUUGGACACAGCCGACCCUGCAGUCACCGGCGCCAAGCAGGGCCCACAGCUCACCGACCAGCAGGCGCCCCCGCACCAGGACUGCGCUUGCUGAGAGCUCCCCGCCCCCACCGCCCCUACCCCUUCCCUCACCCCCGGGCACGGGCACCCCACCAGCCACGGGCACAAGCCCCCUGCCCCCGACUUAGCCCUUCACCCUAAUUUAUUAUCGUAGCUAUUUAUUUAUUUAUUGAAGAUGUCCCCCAGGGGCCCGGGCUCCCCUGCCCACCCUGUACAUAUAGCCCUGUCCCCACUAUGCCGUGGUGUGUCGUGGCCCCCCUGAACUCACUGCUCACCCUCCCGAGACCCCAUUUUUUUUAAUUCACCCCUAUCCACAGUUGGUUGUGAAGAGGGGCCACAUGACACCCAGAGCAGGCAGAUAGGGUGAUGGGAGGUGGCCAGGCGGCCAGCCCCUCGGCUGUGCUGAGGCGGCUGAGGCCGCUGCCAGGGGGUCUCCGUGUGGACCUGAGGGGUUAAAGUAUGGCCUGCCGGGCUCCUCUCCCCCUAAGUUUUCUCUUUUGGUGGUGGGGGGUGCUGUGGGUAUUCGCCACUCCACACCCCCCCACCCUGACCUGUUCUGACCUCACGAGUGUCAAACAUGCCCUACAGUCCCCUAGGAGAUGUCAUGACAGCACUACACACAUCCAAUAAAGCAAAUGGACCAU